UUGGAGGGUCGAGCCUCGUCAGCAGGUCUCACACACACGCUCGCAUGUGUGUGCGCACACAAACUUUCCUAGAGACACACUCUCUCUUUUUUCCUCUGUCCUGCUCUCUCCUUUCCCCUCCUCCUCCUCCUCCUCCUCCUGCUGCACACCUUUGUGUUGUUUUCUUUGCCCUCUUCCUCUCCCCUCCCUCUUUAGCCUCACUAGUUUUCCCCCUGCCCCUGUCCUAUGUGCUCAGAUUGUGGUUAGCGUGCAAGCUGAGUGCGUGUAUGGGACGAGAUGCUGCUGAUGCUACAGCUGUUUGGGCUCCAUGUCUCCUCCAGGGCCCGCUGAGGAAAACAAGACUUCACGUGUGCCGAGGAACCCCACUGCACCCUGAGGAACUUCUGAGGAAAACUACCACAUCUUUUUUAACCUUUUAAGACUCUGGAAUUAACUUUUUAGGCCUUGGUGAAAAAGAAAAGAAAGGAAAAAAAAAAACAUGUGGACCAAGUUGUGUCAAGUUGUUGCACAGUUCUUUCUCCUGGUACUGUUGCUCUCAGUGGUGGACAGUAAAGGGACUUUCUAUGGAGGCCACGUCAAUCCUUACUAUGGGAACAGAUACAACCUCUAUAAGGCUGGACUCAACCCUCACCACUCACCCAGCAAGCCCAUGACCCGUCACAAAAACUACUGCGCCUACGUGGUCCAGAAGAACAUCACAUGCACCAUGCAGGAUGGAGUGGCAACCUAUGUGAAGGCUGAGUACACCACCAAGUGCAUCUGGGGUCAGAAAUGUCCCGUUGUCAUGUACCGGACAUUCUUCAAGCCAAAGUACAAGGUCGGUUUUAAAACCGUGACCGAGCUUGAGUGGAGAUGUUGUCCCGGGUACUCUGGUGAUAACUGCCAUGAUGGACCCACCUCACUGCCUGACGUCAUGGUGCCUCCUUUCAAGGGCGCAGGUUUGCCCCAUCGUCCUGGUGUUAAAGGCUUCCCUCAUGGCCCGAGACCCCCUGUAGACCAGAGGCCUGGAGGAGGCCAACUGGAGCCGGGCAAACCCAUCCCCGGUGUGCCCGACCACAGGACAAUACCCACAGGACAACUGCCUACUGGGACUGGAAAACCAAACUAUGGAAACAAAUUUGGCAUUUCAGGAGUGACUGGUGAACGAUUGGACCGCAUGGAAGAGGACCUGCGUCGUAUCACCCAGAGCAUAGACACACUCAACGGGGUGGUGGCUGGCAUUGAGGAUCGACUGCGCACAUCCCUACGGGAUGACACUCAGAAAAUCCUGGUGUCCCUGCUGCCCAAUGCUCCUCGUGUGCCUGACUCCACAGUAGGCUUUGGGGAGAUCCCAGAUGGAACUCCUGAUGGAUUAGAUGGAGGAGAAACUCUCACUGGAUUUGAAGACUUAGCAGGGAGAGUAACAGAAGUGAGGGACGAGCUCCGAGCCAAAACUCACAUUAUAGAGAAGAUUCAGGGGAUGGUCCUGGGUCAUGAUGGCCAGUUGAAGAAGCUGUUAGACGGAGCUAUUCACAGGCACAUCCCUGGCCCUGGCUCUACUUCAUACCUGGAUGAGAUCAUAGAUGCCAAACUGGCUGGGGUGAGGGCGGAGAUCCUGGACGGCUUUGAGCGCCGUCUGAACGGCCUGGAGGACCAGUGUAACCAGAAGAUCGGGGAUGUGCAGAAGCAGUGCCACAGGGAGCACAUGGAUGGCCAGGAGCAGAUGCAGCAAUCUCUGGAUGGCAGAGAAACUGGGCUCAGAGAGGAGUUGGGCUCAUUGCAAGCUCAGAUUCAGGGUCUUACUCUGACUGAGAGCUGCUGUGGACAGGUCAACAGCCUGUCUCAGCGAGUGCUGCUGUUGGAGGAAUCAGUUAAAGGCUUAACCGAAUCCCAGAGACAGCUACAGACAACCCUCUCUGAACAAACCAUCCACAUAGAGACGCUGAUCGAGACCCGCCUGGUGGACAUAGAGGGCCGACUCAACACCACCAGUGAAGGAACUGAAGGAGCAGACGGGCUUCCUGGUGAUUUGGAUGGCUUCAAGACAAUGCUGGACAACAAGCUGAAGACCCUGGAGGAGAGGUUGUUUGUGGCCGUGGAGGAGCUUAGUAACGCGACAGCCCCGGCUCUUCUGGAGGGUCAGGUGGUCCCCGCACUGGAGACGGAGAUUGAGUCCGUGAGGAGGAGAGUGGAGGGAGAUUUGACUGGAAUUCAGAACCAGCUGAUAGACCUGGAGCGCCUGUGCACCUCCUCUUGUGGUCCCUCCAAUCCGCCAGCAGGGGGUGUUAGAGAUACUGAAGUAGAGGAGGAAUGUGAUGAGAUAGGGAAAAAGAUGACAGACCGUCUGGACUCCCAUUCUAACCAGCUUGACCGCCUUAACAAUACCCUGCAGAGCCUGCUCUUCCGCAUUGCCCAGGAGGACACAGAGGGUUCCGUCAAUGGGGAGAUCACACUGCUUAAGGUCAACAUCAACUCUGUCAACCGCACCCUGAAGGGCCUAAAGGACUCCAUUAGGUACAUUGCAAGCGAAGUGGGCCACGCUAAUGCCUCAUGGGAGCAGAGAGAGCACCAGAUAGUCAACCAGGUGCAAGGAAUCACCAAACUAAUGGGCCAUCAGACUUCCCUCCUUGGAGCUGGGGAGAGGCGGCUGGCCCAGCUGAAGGGAGAGCUUGUGGCUUUGAAGAGACAGUUGGCCGGGGAGCUGCAGGGCUGCCGCAGCACAGCAAUAGAAGUACAGAAGGAAGUGAAGGAUGUUGACAGCAGGGUGAGCCAGGUGGAGGGUCAGUGCAGCAACCUGGGCGAACUGGCAGCGCACCUGGAGAGAAUCAGGGCAGAGCUUGAGAGACACUCUGACUCCUACCUUUCCCAGGUGAAUGGCACCCUGGCCAUCCAUUCAGAACAGCUCGCCGAGCUGAAAGGAGAGGUCAAAGACUGUGCGACUAAGGAAGCAGUCAACCAAAAAGGAGACCAGUAGCGCUGAGCUACAGAAUAUUAAAAGAAAAAAACUUGUGUCGUUAUCAUUAGGCUCCAGUGACUUCUUUUUGUUUGUUUUUCAAAUUAACUGAACUGUCAUUUCCCAUGAGCUUCUCACCCCAGUGCCUCCAGAUGUCCUGGGUGUUUAGUUUAUGUGAGGAGAGGUAGACACAGAAUGCAAAGACACGCCUAUGGAUGUAUAGCUGGGCAAUAUUUUCCCUUGAGAUUUUAUUCUAUAGGGCAUUUGUUCAUUUGUUUUGUUUUGUUCAGACAUACUUUUUGUUUAACUUAUAUGAAGUGACUGCAUUGUUAUGACUGUUCUGUAUUAUGUAGUAGAGAAAUGAUAUAACAAAAAAGCUGCUACGGGUUUCUGCUGACUAGCACACUCGACAUCCUCUGUGUGGACACUCGUCUGGUAUUUUUAAAGAAUACUGUAUGUCAACUUGGUGCUAUUUACAUUUUUGUAAACCUUUGUUUUACACUUGUUUAAGUAUACGGCUUACUGUAUAUAUUUCUGCUUUGACAGCUAUGCUCGGUUCGUCGCAGAGAAGUUCCAGAAUUCAACAUUAGGGGACGGUGAGAACACGUCACAUGGAACGAUAGAUGAAAGAGAAAUAAACUCUGAAACACCCAACAGCUGUGUUUAGAA